CCUGUUUGGAGGUUGCAGAUGGAGGAUGAAGGAUUCCGUUUGCGGCCCAGGACGGGCAAACAGAACAGAGGGGACUGCGUCGUGCAGGAAAAAUUGCCCAGCGCCGGCACAAGGAUGCACCAACACCUAGAGCGGAGCAGCUACGGGAACAGCCCUCGAGCGAAAGGGUACGGACGCUACCCCAUUACCAGCCUCCAUCUGCAGCUGAACACCCGAGUUGCUGCUCUGGUGAGUUCCACGGUGUGCUGUGUUCUUUCCGCAUCACGGAAUUCUUUCUUUGCCCCGUUUUCCUCCCUAGUUCUGCAGAAAGUACCCCCUCCCGCAUGCAGCACUUGGGCGUCUACCCUGGUUUUCCAGCCUUCCCUCCCGAACAGCACUUUGCUUCACACUCAGCAUUCAGCCGUGCGGCCCGGCUGCAAAAGCCCCUUCGCCGAACAAUCGCCCUCUGUACCACAGCCAGUCUCCAUAGCAGACAUGCCUCAUGAAUUCGUUUCUGCAAAACAUCUUGCUGCAUCCCCCAACUCUUCAUUCCACAUGAAUGUGCCGUUGUGUCAUGGCACAAGCAAGCAGAAGGGCAGGAGUAAUAUGUUCCAGUCGGGCUCAUUUCAAACGCAUCCACCUUCCUCUCUCCACAGCCAUAAUUCAGGCUGUUAAAUGCCUGACCAGCGCUAGCCAUCUGCUUCCAGUCUUCUAGGAAUACCGCUGCAUCAUUUAAUCAAACAAGAGAAGGUCCCUGUUUCAUUGAAUCAUAAGUCACUGUUGAAGUAAUUAUAGUUUUAUGCCCCCUACCAGAAGGCAACAGGGACGCUUCAUUUUAUUGGCUUCCACAUUCCGCGCAAUGGCGUUGCCAAGGUCACCCAUGUGAGAAAAACGCACGUUAACGUUGCCUCAGCCACAAACAGGAGUGGAUUCCUCUCUCUUCCCGUACUCAGCCUCCCAGAGCCACUGGAACUCAGCGAGGGACCAGUCUGGCCAUGAGUUAUCAGCUUGCUUCACGUUAAUGCACAUGUGCAAAAUUAAGUGCAGGCAUAAAUCUUGGCAGGCUUAUACAACAGCAAAUUGGAAACUGAAAUGGCGCUCGUGGUGGUCCGUGGUCCAGCAUGUUUUUAGCGAGCCAGGUGUCCACUUAUCAUGGGUAUGGCCAAGUUUCCCGCUGUCCCAUAAAGAUUGUUUACAGCCACCCGCCCUGGCUCUGGGAUCUGCACUGUUAUUUAGCUCUAAUUUACCCCAAAUGU